UUUGGUCGAGUGUGCAUCGCUGCCGCAGCUCCGUUGAAAUCAUAACCUGGAAAUAACCGCGCAAUUUAAUAUUCAAUCCGCAGUGUAAGAAAUAUCAGUAAAUAUUAUUUCAAAGAUUACGAAGAGUGCGUGAGUGAGGAAAGUGAGUUCGUAGUUGUGCAGUUGACAUAUAAGUAGGAAUUUGGACACACCUCAGGAGGAAGGCUGACAUCUUGCACGCGUGAGGCCCCACUAAGCGCCCCGUAGCCCACCAAGUGACGGAGGGCGCGGGUGGUGUGGUGCAGGUGGCGUUCACCACCACCGAGGUGGGCUCGUAUGUGGUGGAGGUGGCGGCUGGUGGGCAGAAGGUGGCGGGGUCUCCCUUCAUCGCUAAGGCCUACGAUGCAGGCCUGAUAAGGGUCUCAGAUGUGCCUAAUGGCGUCGUGGGACAACCCUGUCAGUUCAGGGUGGACGCGUCGCAGGCGGGGGAGGGGCAGCUGGAGAUCAGCAUCAACGAUGGUGAGGUGCCCAACCACGUGCAGGUGCUGGGCGGCGGCCGCUGCCUCGUCUCCUUCACGCCCGACGCCGCCAAGACUCACACCAUCGACAUCAAGUUUAACGGGGAGACCGUGCGCGGGUGCCCGUUCAGGUGCCGGGUGGCGGACACGUCGCGCGUGAGCCUCACGCUCCGCCACCUCGAGCUCGUGCCCCUCGGCCGCCCCGCCGCCUUCAACAUCGCCGUCGACGGCGGUGGCUCAGCAGAGCUCACCGUCACCGUCCGCACCCCCAGCCAGUCAACCCUGCCAGUGCGGGUGUCGGGGUCGGUGAAGGCAGGGUUCACGGCCGAGUUCACCCCUGACGAGGUAGGCGCUCACACCAUCAUCGUCAACUACAACGACUCAGCCGUGUCAGGCACGCCCUUCACGUGCAAGGUCUACGAUGCCAGCAAAGUGGGCGUCUCGCUCCUCCCCAGGGGCGCCAUCGGCAAGAGUCUCCAGUUCAUAGUGGACGCCUCAGAGGCUGGGGAAGGCAACCUGGAGAUCAGCAUCAGUGGCCACGGCCGCAACAUCCCCACACAAGUGCACCCACAGGGCUCCGCUAGGUUCGCCGUGUCGUUCGUGCCGCUCGAGGCCAUCGAUCACGUCAUCAACAUCUCCUUCAACAAGGAGCCUGUCUCGGGGUCCCCCUUCGUGGCUAAGGUACAGGCAGACCCCAACCGUAUCGUGGUGAGCGGGCAGAGUCUGGCGGCGACGGCCGUGGGGAAGCCUUCCUUCUUCACCAUCGCCAACGUCGCGGGGUCUGUUGAAGACCUCGAGGUCAACGUCGAGGGCCCGAACGGGCUGCCGGUGAGCGCGCAGGUUCAGGACAAGGGGGACCAGACGUUCAGGGUGGAGUUCAGCCCCAAGGUGGCUGGGGAACACAGGAUCCAUGUCUCCUACCUGGGGGAGAACAUCCCCGGCUCCCCCUUCAGCUGCAAGGUGUACGACGUCAACGCUAUUAAAGUUCGCCCCACCGAGCGGGGAAUGGUCGGCAAACCCGUCACUUUCUUGGUGGAGACCAACAACGCGGGCCCCGGCAACCUGGAGGUGACGGUCAACAGCGGCCAGGUGCCGACGAGCGCCCAGGCGCAGGGCAACCACGAGUACGCCAUCUCCUUCAGCCCUAAGGAGGCACGUCCCCACGUCGUCGAGCUGCGUUUCAACGGCGAGAACGUCCCGGGGUCUCCCUUCACGUGCGACGUGGUGGACGUGUCCAGGGUGACCGUCGCGGGGUCUGGCCUCGAGAAGGUACCGGUGGACAAAGUGGCCGCCUUCACGGUGGACGCUCAGGCCAGCGCUGACCAGCUGGGCGUGCAUAUUGUGUCGCCGUCCCGCCAGGUGGUCGAGGCUAAGGUGGUCCCGGGACAUGCGGGCAAACUGGACGUGUUGUACACCCCCAGGGAAGUGGGGGACCACACGGUGGAGGUGCGGGUGGCGGGGGCGCUGGUGCCGGGGUCGCCCUUCCUCGUCAAGGCCUUCGACUCCAGCAAGGUUAAGGUCACCGAAGUCUCCAGCGGCGUCGUCGGCAAGCCCGUCUACUUCUCAAUCGACGCAUCGCAGGCUGGAGCAGGCAACCUGGAGAUCAUCGUGUCAGUGAACAACCGCAACGUGCCCAACUACGUGCAGUCUGAGGGGCACGCGCGCUUCAGGGUCAACUUCAAGCCCAAGGAGGCAGCCCUGCAUACGCUCAGCGUCAAGUUCAACGGCGAGCCCGUCGCAGGUUCGCCGUUCAAGUGCCGCGUGACGGACAGCUCACAGGUGCUCGUGUCAGGCCCCGGCAUCAAGAUGUCGUCCCUUGCUCGUCCCGCCUCCUUCACCAUCGACCCUCGGGGCGCCGACAUCGGGGAGUGUUUGGUCCACGUUACCUCCCCAUCUGGGGUUAAAGUCCCUGUGCACCUCAUCGGCGAAUUCCCCAAGAAAGUAACGGCAGAGUUCCAGCCCACCGAGGUGGGGCCACACACGGUCAGUGUGCUGCUGGACGGGGAGCCUGUCUCGGGGUCACCCUUCACCUGCAACAUCUACGAUGUCACCAGAGUCCAGGUCACCGGCCUCGACAACACCAAGGUGAACCGCCCCGUGACGUUCACGGUAGACGCGUCGCAGGCAGGGGAAGGUACCCUGGAGCUCGUCGUCACCACCGCCAAGGCCUCCGUCCGCGCUGAAGUCGCCGCCAAAUCCCGAGGACUUUACGACGUGACCUUCACUCCCCACGAGGCCAUUCCCCACUUCGUGAACAUCACCUUCAACGAAGAGGACGUGAUCGGGUCUCCCUUCAAAUGCGAUGUCCGGGAACUGGAGCCUCGGGAAGUGCGAAGCAUUCAUCGUAAGGAGAGUCAGAUGGUGACUGCUAAGGGCGAAGGAUUAAAGAAGAUCGUCACUGGCAGCUUUGCAUCGUUCACGGUCGACACUAAAGGCCUGGAAGGAGACCUGGAUAUCCGAGUAGAUGGACCAGAUGGUUUGGAAGUUCCUUCGUCCCUCGUCCGCCUUAAGAACGGCCUCCACCGCGCCGAGUACAAGCCGGAGAAAGUCGGUCCUUACUCUGUCACGAUCUUGCAUCACGGAUCACCAAUCGCCACUUCACCCUUCGUGGUUGAGGCGUCCGACCCUCGCCUAGUGGCUGUUGAGGUGGUCAAUGAAUGUGUGGCUGGAUCUGAAUGUGGCAUUAGAGUUAAUGCGGCAGACGCCGGACGUGGGGCGCUGUCUGUCGGUGUCCGCGCCGCUGGACAAGACGUCAAACACUCCAUUAGGGACCUCGGGGCAGGAAUGUACCAAGUGUUGUUCUACCCGAUUGCUCCCGUGCCUCAUAAGGUCGACGUUCGCUACAAUGGCAUCCCAAUAAGACCCAACGCGUUCGACAUCCCUGUUAAGAACCCUGCCUCCGGUAACUUCAUGACAGCAACGGGGCUUGGUCUUUAUCAAGCCAGGGUCAAUAAAUUGACCGCGUUUGUUAUUGAGACGAUGAAGCAAGAUACCAAAGAUUUCGAUGUCCUCGUAACCGGUCCGAGGAACUGGGCCGUGCCUGUCAAGUGUUACAAGCAGAAGGAUGGCAACCUCCUGGCAGAGUACACGCUAAAUGCUCCUGGCCAGUACAGGAUUGAUGUGCUCUGCUCAGGCACUCACGUGCAAGGCUCACCGUUCACGUGCUCUGCGUACGAUGCUUCUAAGGUCAUCAUGGAGAAGAGCAGAACGUCAGUGGCGGUCGGAGAUACGUGCAAGGUGAAGCUCGACACGAGCGCUGCAGGAGCUGGUGAUAUAGAGGCUUUCGUAUUGUCAUCAUCAGGCAAACGCGAUAACGUCGAAAUAACCGUGGCACAAGAUGGGGGCAAGAUCCUGGAGUGGGAGCCGCAAGAUCCUGGUCAGUAUAAGAUCACUCUCUUGUAUGGAGGGGAGGAGAUCCCGGGCUCCCCACUCACAGUCGAUGUUGGGGAGAUCGGCCUAGCCAGCGUUAGCGGUCCCGGUCUGAUGCGAGGCUGCGUCGACAACCCCCAGCAUUUUAUGAUCGAUGGCCGCGGUUUGAUGGGUGAACCGCAAGUGUGGGUGGACGGUCCCGACAGCGUCGCUCGAGUUAGCAUUAAAAAAGUGGAGAAUGGAGUCUUCCAAGUGACGUACGUACCUCAUGAAGUUGGUAUUUUCGACGUGCGGGUGCAGUGGAAUAACCGGGAAGUCGCUGGUAGUCCAUAUCACCCGAAGAUUAUCGACCCCAGCCGUGUGCGUCUAAUAGGAGGAUGGACCGAUCUUCGGGACUCGGAAGAUCGUCUUCAGCUCAUUCCUAAGCAAGAAACUCGCCUCGCGUUCGACAUCUCAGACGCCGGACCAGGCCGACUGAAAGCCUACUUGGUUUCGGAAGGCAGCGAGGCCAAGGAAAUCGACUGCAACGUUGAGCAGAUCGGCAACCGCGCGAAGGUUUCCUUACUUCCUCCCGCGCCUGGGAACUACAAAGUGAACCUCUUGUACAACGACCUCCCCUUGCCGGAGUCUCCCGUGACAGCCCACGCCCCCGCCAUCGCAGGCAGCGAUCACACGCGGGUUACUCUCAAGGGUCACGGGCUCACAUCCGCGCGAUGUGGGGAGCCCACUGAGUUCAUCAUCGACGGGUCUAACGCGGGUCCGGGCGCUCCAGACGUUAAUAUGGCGGGCAACAAAGCCGACGUUGCCGUGGACGUCAAAUCUGAGGGUGGUGGCAUUUGGCGAGCGACGUACACGCCGCGUCUGCCGGGCACUUACCUCCUCAACGUCAUGUGGUCGGACCGACAAGUGCGCGGAUGUCCCCUUAAGGUGCAAGUGGAAGGCUCGGCAGACGCGAGUCGUGUGGUGUGCUCCGGUGACGGCCUCAGGCACGGCAUGGUGGGACACGACAUCAAGUCCUUCAUUGACACACGGCGUGCGGGCCCUGGAGAGCUGACCGCUCGCUGCACCGGCCCGACCAAGAUGGCGGUCUGUGAACUUUACGAUCACAGAGACGGGACGUUCACCCUUAAUAUCAGGCCUCAGGAGGCAGGUCGUCACCAGCUGACGAUGAUGUAUGAGGGCGAACACGUGCCAGGGUCUCCGUACCUCAUCAAAGUGGCGGGGGCGCCCGACCCCUCCAAGGUACGCGUGUAUGGACCAGGUAUCGAGCACGGGGUACUUGCCACGUACCAGAGUCGCUUCAUCUGUGAUACGCGAGGUGCCGGGGCGGGCCAGCUCACCGUCAGGAUACGCGGACCUAAAGAUCCAUGGCUGUGCGUUAUGAGUCAGCCUUGGUAUCCUUAUCAACAGAUACAUGGCUGUGAGUUACGAGGGGACUACUCGCCCGCAGGCCCCGGGGCCCCCAGCGACUUCUACGGCAGCAUCGGCUACGGCACGGGCACCUACGGGGGCGCCCUGAGCAUGGGUGGUGCUACCUCCUGGAGGGGCUCUCAAGCGCAGCUAUGA